GCGGGAGCAGGCCGGGCCUCCUUGGCCGGCGCACGCGGGGCCGCCCGGGCCUCUUUGGCUGCUGCGCCACCUGCGGCUGCCGCUCCGGCUCCGGCUGUCAGUUGGGCGGCGGGGACCCAACAUGGCGGUGGCGGCGGCGGGGGGCUCCGCGUCGUCGGGCGGAUGGAAAUACUGAUGACGGUCCGGAGACUCGCCUCCAUUUGUACCAUGGGCGCCAAUGCAUCCGCUUUGGAGAAAGAGAUUGGUCCGGAGCAGUUUCCAGUGAACGAGCAUUACUUCGGUUUGGUCAACUUUGGCAAUACCUGCUACUGCAACUCCGUUCUACAGGCACUUUAUUUCUGUCGUCCUUUUCGGGAAAAGGUUUUGGCGUACAAGGUUCAGCCCCGGAAGAAGGAAAGUCUCCUGACGUGCCUCUCUGACCUCUUCAACAGCAUCGCCACACAGAAGAAGAAAGUGGGGGUCAUCCCACCCAAGAAAUUUAUUUCCCGACUGAGGAAAGAAAAUGAGCUGUUUGACAAUUACAUGCAGCAAGAUGCACAUGAGUUCCUGAACUACCUGCUGAACACAAUUGCCGACUUGCUACAAGAAGAAAAGAAGCAAGAGAAGCAGAACGGCAAACUCCAGAAUGGGCGCAUUGACAGCGAUGAAGGAGAGAAGGCAGACCUCACGUGGGUCCAUGAAAUCUUCCAGGGCACUCUCACCAAUGAAACCAGAUGUCUUAACUGUGAAGCUGUUAGUAGCAAAGAUGAGGACUUCCUCGAUCUGUCGGUGGAUGUGGAACAAAACACUUCAAUAACACACUGUUUGAGGGGGUUCAGCAAUACGGAGACUCUGUGCAGCGAGUAUAAAUACUACUGUGAGCAGUGCCGCAGCAAACAGGAAGCACAGAAGAGGAUGCGAGUGAAGAAGUUGCCCAUGAUUUUAGCUCUGCACUUAAAAAGGUUCAAAUACAUGGACCAGCUGCAUCGAUACACCAAACUCUCCUAUCGCGUGGUUUUUCCUCUGGAGCUUCGACUUUUUAAUACUUCAGGAGAUGCCACAAAUCCUGACAGAAUGUAUGACCUUGUGGCCGUAGUUGUCCAUUGCGGCAGUGGCCCAAAUCGUGGACAUUAUAUCACCAUCGUCAAAAGCCACGGGUUUUGGUUGUUGUUUGACGAUGACAUUGUAGAGAAAAUUGAUGCUCAGGCGAUUGAAGAGUUCUAUGGGUUAACAUCAGACAUUUCCAAAAACUCGGAAUCUGGAUAUAUCCUCUUCUACCAGUCAAGGGACUAAGAUGACGUGUUGAAGCAUCUUACAAGUGUACACAAAAGGGAUCAAGGGUUGUGCCCACGCGGGACAUUGUAGUUAUAAUCAAUUCCUUGUCAUUGCCACAGGACCACAGGAGACCAACAGGCAGCUAGUUGGGCCAUUUUCUUGAGGAUGAAGAAGAAGGGAUUCAGCUCUAAUUUCCUUUCUGGACUGUUUAACAUGUGCUAUCUUCCAAAAUGUGUUACCUCUACUUGAAAUCUGAAUGCUCAGUUGUCCAAGGGUUUCACUGUCAGAUUUGCUCACAGUUCAGUGACUGCCUCAGACUUGGUUUCCAUUAUUGUUGUUUUUCUGUAUUUUAGCAGAAUGGGUUAUGGUCUCAAUAUUCCUUAUUGGCCAACGGUGCUUUUUCAGAUAUGAGCCUCAGAAAGCUGCUGAAUGGUGUUGUGCUCAGAGCAUCAGGACUGCUAUGUUAAGUCAUAUUGGAAACAUCACAUCUUUAAUCUUACGUAUGGGAAAAAGACAAAAAAGGUUACUUCUCCAGUGUUGUGCAUUUCCAGGAAGAAUCUGCUUUAUUUCAGAUAAUGCUGUUGUUCUCAUCCACAAUUUUUUUUAAAAAAAAUUGGCUGCCUUUUCCCAAAUUUCCUUGAAAGAUAUAAUAAUAAUAAUAAAAAAAGUCUGAAGUGAAAGAUAUAAUUUUUAUAUGUAAUCUGUUAUUUUUGUUUGUUUCCUGUUAAAUAGAAGUUUGACUUAAAGUCACAAUACUGCAGAAGCCAGGAGAGCAAAGAAGUAUGUGGAGGUCCUUGAGGUCAUAUCUAGUUAACAGUUAAAGUUACUGUAUUUCUUGGAGCUAUUACCUAAGCCAGAAGUGCCCUCUACUGAAACAGGAUCUGUUUGGUGUUCAUUUCACUGAACAGUACAUUUUUUAAAGGAGCAAUUUUAUGACUGUGCAUUCAAAAUGCACAUUAAAUAACACUAACUGGGAGUUGACUAAGGUAGUUAAAAUUGUCUUUUUAAACAAUAGGGGUGGAGCUAAGAAAUAACCAUUAGGGCUGAAAUAUACUUGGGAUACAUUUUCUUCCAUUCCCCCCCUCCCCCACCUCAGUAGUUGUUGCCCAUUUUCAUAUUUGCAGAUGCUUUAGUGGACGGAGGGAUGAAAAUAGUCUUGUGAAGACUGAAUUUCAAUUAGUGUCCAGUUAUCUGUGCUGUAUAUUAUAACCCCGAGGAUUAUUAGGGAAAAUACUCUCCCCUUAGGAUACUCAGUGACAAUUCUGUAAGCAACAUGUUCUCGUUUCCAAAACAAAGCCCUAUUUUCUGUUUUCAGAGUUGGCUUAAAGUCCAGGCAUUCAAACCUUAAUGAUUUCAGAAAGAAAACCGGCAAGAUAGGCAAACGCGAAACGUUUUAAUAUGCAAAAGAAAUCUUUUCAUCAGAGCUUAUCAUCCACAACGAAAUAGUUGUUGACAGCUACUCAACAAUAAUACACUACAUGCAAUAUUACUCUUGUUUAGAAAUCCUCUCAUAAGGACCCCAAGUGGGUCCUUGACAGGCGUUUGUCAACUAGAGGCCCUGGGGAAAAACAUCACCAUGUGUGAUUGUGCUGAAACAGCAAAUACAACAGAGUAAUUUAGGAGAGCACUAAACUUGUAUUUUGUAUAUUUGGCGAUAAACAUUUUUACAGAUAAAAUACAUGAUUAGAAAGAAUAUUGAAAGAGAUAUACUAUAGAUUAAAAGUACACUUUUGCUACAAAUGUAUAAGGAAAUGAAAUGGUCACAAGUUGGAAGAUAAUGGUUCAAUAUUACUUCUGUAUAAUAAAUGACCCCCAGCUGUCUCCAAUAAAGAUCAUGUAGGGUGAAA